AAUAUGAAAUGACAAAACCUCCAAAAGUCCCGUGAACAUUUCAUGACGACAGGACCGUGCUGUAGUGUUUGAGGAAGAAGAGAAGGGAAGAGCUGUUUCUACAGGCCUUUCUCCUCUUUCGUUAUUUAUUUCCUUAUUAACGGCCAUCAAAACAUUGAUGCUCGAUCGUUCGACCUGCGCAAUAUCGUGUAGUAUUUGACUUCAGUGAGAGUGUGUGUGUCGCGAUGGCUCGCCCACGGCCUCGGGAAUAUAAAGCAGGAGAUUUGGUUUUCGCCAAGAUGAAGGGAUACCCGCACUGGCCGGCGAGGAUUGAUGAGCUGCCAGAGGGUGCUGUGAAGCCACCAGCUAAUAAAUACCCCAUCUUCUUUUUUGGCACCCAUGAAACUGCUUUCCUGGGCCCAAAAGACCUGCUGCCCUACAAGGAAUAUAAAGACAAGUUUGGAAAGUCAAACAAGAGAAAAGGAUUUAAUGAAGGGCUGUGGGAAAUUGAAAACAAUCCUGGUGUCAAAUUUACUGGUUACCAGGUCAUGCAACAGCAGAGUUCAUCAGAGACGGAAGGAGAGGGCGGGAAUGCCGCUGAUGCGAGCAGCGAGGGAGAAGAGGGCGAUUCUGGCGGUGAGGAAGAGGAAGGAAAGAUGAAGAGUGACAAGGUCGGGUCCAAGCGGAAAAAGAGUUCAUCCUCAAAGAUGUCGUCCAAGCUGUCCAGGAAGUGUUCGGGUGAUGAAGAUCUGCAGAAGGAUGGAAAAGAUGAAGAGGAGGGCUCAGAGGCUGGUGACCAUGACAACAAUAUCCUAAACUCUUCAGACAAGACAUGCAGUCAAGUGCAGAAUCAGUCACUCCGGGAGGAUCACUAGACUAGAUGAUCAGAAAAUGGCUUGCGACGGCUCAUAUGUGAUAUUGUAAAUGUACAUUUUGGCAACUUAUACUGAUCGCUUGCAAACUCCUAGACAUUAUUAUACAUUUGAUCAUCUGUUUAUUCUGGGUCAAAUCAAACACAUACAUAGUAACACACAGUAUACGUAAUGCUUGGGAUUAAACACAAACUACAGUCAUUUCUUCAUGCUGUUUUGAGUUUAGAUUUAGCUCAAACCCAUCUCGGAUCUCUCAUCUUUAGCAUCGUUUCUCCUGUGCUGCUCAUUAAUGUGUGUUGUGUUUGACAUUUCUUUCUUUCAUUAGGAACAAACAGACAAACCGGUCAGACAUUUGUAUGUUUAACAAAAUGUUUUCCCACUUUUAUGUAAUCAGACAAAAAGAAUGGAAAAAAGUAGAAUAUGUAUGAAGUAUUGUGCACAAACAGAGAAAACUCAAUAUUAUCUCCAUACAUUAGAAUGUAGGACCUCUGUACAAUUAGCCCACUGCUCAUCUUUAUAAGACAGUGAAAUAUCUGUUUCUGUGUCAGUGAAUUGAUUAUUUUCUAGUGGCAUGCUGGCUUUUACCUUCAUUCCGUAGUUCACGUUUCAUACUCGCGUUUCUGAUGUUGAAAAUGUCAGUCCGUUAAUCCAGACCACGUUAAUCACAAGUCCUCUUCCCUGCAGAAAACAUGCCCUUGAUUUGUUAAAAUUUUAUUUCUUGUCUUUGUUUUAUAUAAAGAAUAUAUUCUAUUUAUUUUUUAUGAUAGUAGAUGACACAUCUGUGGUAAAUUGUCACUCAUCAAUGUAGAUGUCACUUUAUUUUAAUUUGUAUUACCCUCAUACAUGUUGCAUUUUCAAGGUUUGUAGCUACAUGUAAACUGUUUUUCCUGUUUAUUGACAACAAAUUUUACAGAAUAAACUCAUUGGAAUGCAAA